CAUCUUUGGCGGCUUGAUGAUAUUGUUGGCAGGCGAUUUCAGGCAGACGUUGCCAGUAGUUCCCCGUGGAACGCCUGCAGAUGAAUUGAAUGCUUGCCUAAAGGCAUCACCUUUAUGGAAUAACGUAAAAACAUUAUCGCUAACCACUAAUAUGAGAGUUCAACUUCAAAAUGAUCAAAGUGCUGCACAAUUUUCCAAACAAUUGUUAGAUCUUGGAAAUGGAAAAGUCCCAGUUGAUGCGACAUCUGGAUUAAUUACUCUUACCAACGACUUUUGCCGAUUUGUAGACACUCAAUUAGUUCUUAUUGAAAAUGUUUUCCCAAACAUUAGUGAGAAUUAUAAGAAUUAUGCUUGGUUAAGUCAACGAGCAAUUCUUGCAGCAAAGAAUAAUGAUGUCCACGCACUGAAUUUCACCAUUCAAUCAAAAAUUGCUGGCGAUUUGGUGACAUACAAAUCCGUUGAUUCAAUAACAAAUCCCGAUGAUGUAGUAAAUUAUCCAACGGAGUUUUUGAACUCUCUGGAGAUACCAGGAUUUCCACCACAUAACUUGCAACUGAAAGUUGGUACAGUUAUUUUGAUACUGCGUAAUUUGAAUCCACCGCGACUUUGCAACGGUACUCGACUUUCGGUAAAGAGACUUAUGCCGAAUUUAAUUGAGGCAACCAUUAUUAACGGAAAGUACGCAGGUGAAAAUGUAUGUAUUCCACGAAUACCAAUGAUUCCGACUGAUCUUCCGUUUGACUUCAAACGAUUGCAAUUCCCAGUUCGCCUUGCGUUCGCAAUGACAAUUAAUAAGUCGCAAGGCCAAUCGCUUAGUGUUUGCGGGAUAAAUUUGGAAAAUCAUUGUUUUUCACAUGGACAGUUAUACGUUGCGUGUUCACGAGUUGGGAAACCAUCCGCUUUGUUUGUGUUAACGUCAGACCAAAAAACAAAAAAUGUGGUUUACCAAAGAGCACUACAAUGAAACAAUUAAAUAACACUUCAUUUUAG